AUGUGUCCCCAGUCGACUGAGAAGAGAGGAUCGGUGUGUGGAGGCCCCCGGGUGAGGAGAAGCCCGCUGGGUGGAGCACCAACAUUGGUCCCGGUUGCUGUGGGGAACGCCCCAGUCACUUAUCCUGAGUGUGGGGACAAGUUCCUGGCCCUUCUCCCGCAUCUGGACGUGCCAGUGGGUGUGAAAAACGGGGGGGGUGUUGGGGGGGGGUAUGCUUUUAACUGGAUUGGGGGUCCCCCCUAG